UUGUAGUACUUUUCGCCGUUAGUGUCCAAGGUGCUAGUUAUCUCAGUUUGGCUUAUUUUAAUAAUUUGUAGUUUUACUAAGUAACAUAUCGAAUAGUUCACAUAAUAUCAGAUCAAGGAGAAAAUACUUAUAAUUAGAAGUCGUGUUUGGAGCAAAAAGUUCAAUAAAUUUUUGUUUAUUGAAGAUUUAUUUAUGGAAGAUUGCCAGCAGGUUAAACUAAAGACUAAAGUCUUUGAUUUAGCUAAAAUCGACACUGAUAAUGCAGAUCACAAUGUAUUAGAAAGCCUAAAAGACGUUGUCACUACCGAUAAAUCAACCGAUAUCGAAAUGCAUAAUUCCGAUUUUGCAAAGGUAGAAAACUCGGAAGAAUUAACGAACGGUUCUAGUAGCAGCAAUAAAUCUGAUCAAAUCUCAUUUUUUAGCAAGAAAAAUCUGGCACCAGAUCAGGAACCAGCCGACGUGCAAAGUAACGGAUAUCAGGACACAAGUAAGCAGUCGACAUCUAUCAUAUCCAAAAUAGAUUCUGUUCAGCCUCACGAAUGCGAACUUUGCGGCAAACGAUUCUUCCUGAAGAAGCGACUCGUAGAACAUCUCCGGUAUCAUCGAGGCGAGCGACCCUUCCGUUGUGAUAUUUGUGGUAAGGAUUUCGCCCGGAGUGGCACCCUACUGCAACAUUGCUAUUCGCACUCUGGUAAAAAACCGUUCAAGUGCACUAUAUGCGACAAAGGUUAUCCUUUCAAGAGCUCCCUAAAUAAACACAUGCUUCUUCAUACGGGUGAGCGGCCGUACAAGUGUACCGUGUGCGGCAAAGAUUUUACUCAAAACAGUAUCCUGAUCACACACAUGCGUCUACAUACGGGUGAACGGCUAUUUAAAUGCACCGUGUGCGAAAAAGAUUAUGUGAAAAAGGUAACGCUAAUCGAACACAUGCGCCUUCAUACGGGUGAGCGACCGUACAAAUGCAGCGUGUGUGGAAAAGGUUUUGUCAGAAAACAAUGCCUGGACGAACACCAACUCCUUCAUACCAGUAAACCUUCGCACAGCGAUGCAACAUUUGUACACAAUGCAAGUAAUAACGAGGUACAGAAUACCGGGAAUCAGACCAACAGUGUGCCACACGAAUGCGCGAUGUGCGGAAAACGAUUUCGUGGUGCGUUGUGUCUCGUCGAACAUAUUCGUGUACAUCGUGGUGAACGCCCGUACAGUUGCGACCUAUGCGAUAAAUCAUUUUCCAGAAGGAGAAGCCUACAUGCACAUCAGUUUCUGCAUACCGAUAAGAGACCACAUAUAUGCAACGUAUGCGGCGAAGAUUUUGUUUUCAAGCGUGCCCUAAUCAAACACAUGUAUCUUCAUACGGGUGAGCAGCCGUUCAAGUGUACCGUGUGUGGCAAAUAUUUUGGCUAUAAGUCUACCCUAGACUCACACAUGUUUCUGCAUACGGGUGUGCGGCCGUACGCAUGCACCAUAUGCGGUAAAGAUUUUACCCUCAAGACCACCCUAAAUGGUCACAUGUCCCUACAUACUGGUGUCUAUCGGCACAAGUGUGAUUUGUGUGACAAAGGAUUCACUUCAGGUGCUCGUUUGAGGAGGCACAAUUGCAUUCAUAACGUGAAAAUAUCUAAUGAGAUGUCUGCGGAUUAGGAUUUAUCGCUAUAAUCGACCAAGUGACAGAUUACUUGGGUUUCCUAACGUAUGUCGUAGAGCAAACCGUAUGGGCUGGAGUUGGACAGCCUCCAUUCUGUAGACACCGCUCUGCUAGUGCAGAAUCCAAAUAACAGAAUAAUAUGUUGAGCGUAUCAGCGGACAAAAAAAAGUUUCA